UAAGGGAAACCGAUGAUUGCAUUAAGAACCCUGUCUGUUUACCGCAGCUCGAGAGUUUGUCUCUUUGUGUUGUUACCGAGGGAAUUUCGGAUAUGAUGGCUCAAAUCAUUAACAAUAUUCUUCUCUUGAAAAACAUUAGGAAGCUGAUGUUUCGUAAAAUGAAAUGUGAGUGGAAGGUAAUUAAUGUUUUGAGCAAGUUACCAAGGCUUGAGGUGCUCAAGUUACAUGCUGACCUUGGCAAAAAGUGGGAAGUACCAGAGAAUGUGAAAUUCUGCCACUUAAUUUGUUUGAAAAUUUCGAAUCGUAAUCUCAAGCAUUGGGAAGUUGGUGCUGAUAAUUUUCCAAAACUUGAGCGCCUAUUCCUUAACGGAUGCAUUGAAUUGAGAGAGAUCCCGAAUAGCUUUGCAGAAAUUCCAACAUUGAACUUAAUCCAAUUAGAGAUGUGUCUUCAUUCUGCAGUGAUGUCAGCCAAGCAAAUUGAGGCUGAACAGCAUGACUAUGGAAACGAGAAUAUGGUUGUCAUUGAGAAAUACACAAUAAAGCUUGAAGAUUACCCGGAUGAAGAUGAGGAGUGGAUGAUGCAAAGCUAUAGCAAAGAUAGACUCUAAAGCUGCAAAUUAAUUGCAAUACUGAUGAUCGGAUCGGCCCACGUAGAGCCAAAAUCCAAUAAAAGAAGGGUGUGGGAAGAGCAGAUGGUUUUUGCAAUUUUGGUGUUUGAAAUGGUUUCUGGUUCACAGCUUCUUCAGCUGCAAAUUUGAAUUGGGUAUGGAUUACUAUAUUAAAUUACUGUCUUGUAUCUGCUUCUAGGAAUGAACAAUAUAAUCUGCUGGAUUUAAGGCUUGCUAGACAUAUGGAUUUAAGAAUUGUAUAAAUAUUUUGAUCUGCUAUCUGAUCAACAAUAUUAAUAGUGAUGAAUUAUCUUUAA